AUGGGCAGCACUCAAGAAGUCUUUGUCGGGUCUAUCGAUCAGGGAACCACGAGUUCUAGAUUCCUGAUCUUCAACAAGCGAGGCGAGCCGGUUGCCUCGCACCAGCUUGAAUUCAAGCAGAUCUAUCCACAUCCUGGCUGGCACGAACAUGACCCCCUGGAGAUCGUUUCAUCGGUAGAAAAGUGUAUCGACGGCGCAGUCCAACAGUUCCAAGACCAGGGCCACAACAUCAACACCAUCAAGGCAGUCGGCAUCACCAACCAGCGUGAGACCACGGUUCUUUGGAACAAGGAGACCGGAGAGCCCUUGUACAAUGCUAUUGUUUGGACCGACACGCGGACACAGGCAUUAGUUCGAAAGCUGAAGCACCGACUCGGCGCCGACAAGCUCACUGACAUCUGCGGGCUUCCGCUUUCUACCUAUCCUUCCGUCGGCAAGCUACUUUGGCUACUUGAGAAUGAGCCAAAGGUCAAAGAUGCGUACGAAAAGGGCGUGUUGGCCUUUGGCACAAUUGAUGCUUGGCUUGUGUAUAAACUCAACGGAGGUCCGAAAAGAAACAUUUUCGUCUCUGACCCUUCAAACGCAUCACGAACGAUGUUCAUGAACCUGAAGACCCUUGAGUACGACGACUCCCUUCUCGACUUCUUCCGCAUCAACACCUCAAAGGUCCACCUCCCUAAAAUCGUCCAUUCUUCGGAUUCCGCAGCAUAUGGCUCCCUCACCUCGACCGUCCUCAAGGGUGUUCCGAUUACCGGUUGCCUAGGAGAUCAGUCAGCUGCCCUAGUCGGUCAGAAAGGCUUCACGCCAGGCCUGGGCAAGAACACAUAUGGAACCGGUAGUUUCAUCCUCUACAACGUAGGCGAUAAGCCAGUGAUCUCCACCCACGGUCUGUUGACCACUGUGGCAUUUGACUUUGGCGGUAACACCAAGCCCAUGUAUGCGCUUGAGGGAUCAAUUGCCGUGGCUGGCUCAAGCGUCAAGUUCCUGGUCGAAAACUUUGGAUUCAUUGACAAAUCCUCCGAGAUCAGCCAACUCGCUGAGACUGUUGAAGACAAUGGCGGCGUUACAUUCGUGACUGCAUUCAGCGGUCUGUUCGCGCCCUACUGGAUCGAUGACGCUCGCGGAACCAUCUUCGGUAUCACGGCGUACACACAGCGAGGCCACAUCGCGCGCGCCACUCUGGAAGCGACGUGCUUCCAAACCAAAGCUAUCCUGGUGGCAAUGGAAAAGGACUCGGGCCACAAACUCAGUGAACUGGCCGUUGACGGUGGGAUGUGUAACUCGGAUCUGUGCAUGCAAACACAAACUGAUCUCAUCGGCAUUCCCGUGAAACGACCGGCGAUGCGCGAGACCACCGCGCUGGGCGCGGCGAUCGCAGCUGGUUUGGCCGUGGGUGUAUGGGACAGCAUUGACGAGUUGAAGGAUGUCAAUACCGAGGGCUCGUCGGUCUUCAAGCCUGCCAUCAGCAAGGAGGAGAGUGCCAAACAGUUUUCUCGGUGGGAGAAAGCCGUGGAGAUGAGCAAGGGCUGGGCCAACUGA